UGUCGCCCGAGUGGUGGUAUACGUUGAUACUGAAUUCUUUACCAAGCUCGAUUGAUUUUAAUUGGCGAGCGCUAGGACGCCGGAAUUGAUUUCAACAUCCUCGUCCCAGCCUGUGUGGUUUCGGUGGCGUAGAGCAGAGUGAUAAUCGCGAAAUAUGCUACCUCGGGUGCAGCUGUUGGCAGUGGCCGUGAUAGUGGGUGCGCUGGUGCAAGGCUCGUACGCUUACUACAGUGGACCAUUUCUAUUCUGGGGAUUGAGUGAGCUGAAAGAUUUGCAAACGCCUGGCGCACUGGCCGAGCUGGAUGACAAGGUGCUGCGGGAUCUUUACUCGAAUGCGGCCGCCGUCGUCAUUUUCCUGCGUAACGGGACGACCAAACUGUCGGAGGACAGUUUUCCCGCAUUCAAGCGCAUUCUCGACAAGCACGAGUACGUCUACAGCCCCCAGCAAAUGCUGGGUUCUAACCCUCUCGACUAUAACGUUAACGCUGAGAUAAUCAACCUAGUCGGCGCACCGUCACAGCAAGAUGUGGAACUUUCCGCCUUGUUCCGUGAUUCGGCGGAAAACUACGGUGACCGCAAGGUGUUGGGCAUUCUGGCGAACCAGCUCGAGGAACCGCACGUGCUCCAGAAGCGUGAGGCCAAAGCGCGGGAAGACUUCUCCACCAGCACCACCCCUGGCAGCCCUACCGAGGAACCGGAAAUUGCCGACUCAAAGUAUUACGUGCCCGGUAAGGUCAUCCUGGUCGUCUCCACUCCACCGGUGCUGAAGAUGCUGAACGAUUCCGAUGAGGUGGAAACGUCCUACGUUCUCAGCGAGCACACGCUGGCCACGUACGAUGCCCGCGAACGCGAAAGCAAACUGAUCGUGACGUUCAAGGUGGAAGAUUCCAUCAAGCUGACUCUCAAAUUCCGCUUCGACAUGGAUUCCGGCUACUGGUCCAUGUCCAAGGUGGACGUGUUUGUGAUGGACACCAAGAACAAGGACGCCAAGUCGCUCGAUACGACGCUCGAGCUGGAGGGUAAGGCACCGUACGCUCCACUCGGUGCCUCAUACGCCUGCUCCCGACAGCUUGUUUUCCGUAAUGGCACAACGGUUCUUACGCUGGAGAACAUACAGGUACAACCGGCCAUGGAGGGAAAGACGAAGUUCGACAGCGCCUGGGACUGCAUCGGGUUCACCACGGCACCGAUCUUGUCCGGUCUGUUCAUAACCACGAUUAUGCUGGCCGGGUUAACCGUGGCGAUCAUUGCGAUACUGGACAUCAAACCACCGAACCGGUUCGAGUCGCGCACCGGCAAGCAGUUGACAUUCACCGUACAGGAGUAAGGUGUCCAAGGCGAGGUCCCGGGAUUCCAGAGUGUCCACGGAGUUAUCAGUCUACACAGUCUGCCGAAUGGAGCGCAGAGAUCCUUUCUCCGGGAACCAGUGGAACGAGCUGCAGGGCGUGAAGGAGGUUACACCGAUCAACCAACAUCAUGGACCCCCAAUGAAACGAGGAGGGCACAGUAGAUCGGGGACAGUAGAUAUAGAGGAUGGCACCGGGGCCGCACAAGAUAUUAGCCGCAACAAAACUGAAAUACUCGAAACCUGAAUUCCAUUCCGGUAGUUCACUCGUUUGAGAUUCGCGUUAUCUAGGGAGGUUCGCGGGAGUAUUAAGCUUAACGCUGGCUGGCUUGGUGGACGUUGUGUAACGAGCAGCAUCAAUCAGUGGUCGGCGAUCGUGUGUUAGGACCAUAAAGCUGAACAUCGCGGAAGAAGACGAACCAGAAUGUAAAUGUGUGUAUUCCGAAUAGCUUAAACGGGGCAAUAAAUAUCUUCAACUCGACUUUAGGUGCUCCUCCGAGCCCAUGGAUG